GCCUUGGCCUUGACAAAAUGAGGAGGUGUGGCCUUAGCAGUUAGGUUGGAAGGGGUUUACAAGAGGAAGGAAAACUAGUGCAACUGAAUGUUGCUUGUUUGACGCGUUUGUUUGGAAGUCAAUGUUAAUAUCUUUCUCUCUUUCCUUCCACAUUUUAUUAUUAUUAUAAAUAAAUAUUUAUCAGUAUUUGAAAAGUGACAGAGAUAGCCAUAGCCAUAGCCAUAGCCAUAGCCAUGGAUUUAGCAGUAGCUCUUCAUCUUUGGAUGACUCUAGCAGUGGGGAUUCAAUCCCAAUUAGGAUUAUCCCAACAAACAUAUGUAAACAACAAACAGCUCGACUGCUAUAACGACUCCUUCAAUUACACUACCAAAGGAUUCGAGUGCAACGGCCUCCGUUCCUCAUGCCAAUCCUACCUCACCUUCCGAUCUGCUCCUCCCUACUACACCACUCCUGUCACCAUCUCCUACCUUUUCUCCCUUCAAGAUUCUGCCUCUCUCAUCGCUUCUCUCAACAACAUUUCCUCCGACGUCUCCUCUAUUCCUCCACAAUCUCAGCUCUUUAUCCCCGUCAACUGUUCCUGUUUCGGCGGCCAAUUCUACCAGCACAAUGCCUCCUACACUCUCAAGUUUUCCUCAGAGACUUACUUCUCCGUCGCCAACGACACCUACCAGGGUCUCUCCACUUGCCAGGCCUUGAUGUCUCAGAACCCUUACGGCGAUCGAAAUCUGUCCGUCGGUAUGCGUCUUCAAGUUCCCCUCAGGUGUGCUUGCCCUACUUCCAAUCAGACUGCUUUGGGUUUCAGAUAUUUGCUCACUUACAUGGUCACUUGGGGCGAUACUAUCUCUUCCAUCGCCGAGUUAUUCGGAGUCCGCCCACAGAGCAUCUUAGAUGCAAACCAGCUCUCCUCUACCAGCAUCAUUUUUCCCUUCACCCCAAUUCUUGUUCCUUUGACCACCCCACCCACUACUAUUAAAGCGUCGCCACCUCCUCCAGUCGUAUCUCCCCCUCCCCUGACUCCAGUCCUCCCCAGUGGCGGAUCCAGCAGGAAAUGGACAUAUGUGGGUGUUGGCUUAGGAGCUGCUUUGCUCCUUAUUUUUGCUGUGUCUGGGUUCCUGUUCUGGUACCCUAAGUCCAAGUCUCGCAAACUCACUACAGUACCUAUUCCUAGUAAGGCGCUACAAUCAGACUCCUCUGCGGUACCACCAGAUAGCAGCACACCUUGGUCUCGAUCUGCUUAUGGUGUAAUAGAGUCCUUGACACUGUACAAAUUUCACGACUUACAAUUGGCCACUGACUAUUUCAGCGAAAAAAAUAGGAUUAAGGGAUCCGUUUACAAGGGGUCAUUUAAGGGCGAUGCAGCUGCCGUGAAGGUCAUGAAGGGGGACGUCUCCAGCGAGAUCAGCAUUCUCAAGAAGAUCAAUCAUUCCAAUAUCAUCAGGCUCUCUGGUGUCUGCCUAUAUGAUGCCAACACCUACCUUGUUUACGAGUUCGCCGAGAAUGGCUCUCUCGCCGAAAAUGUUCAAACGCUGACGUGGAAGCAGAGAGUUCAGAUUGCCCACGACGUGGCUGAUGCCCUCAAUUACCUCCACAACUACACCAACCCUCCAUACAUCCACAAGAACUUGAAAACCAGCAAUAUUCUCUUGGAUGCCAACAUGAGAGCCAAGAUUGCUAACUUCGGCUUGGCAAGAACCCUGCAAAAUGAGGCUGAAGGAGGGCUCCACCUCACUCGACAUGUUGUCGGAACCCAAGGCUACAUGGCCCCCGAGUACAUGGAGAAUGGAGUCAUUACCCCUAAAUUAGAUGUUUUUGCAUUUGGAGUAGUCAUAUUGGAGCUCUUGUCUGGGAAGGAAGCUGCUACAUAUGACAAGAAUGCGAGGGAAGAGAUGCUCUCUGCAUCGAUAUGCAGGGUGCUGGAGGGGGACAAUGUGAGACACAAAUUGUGUGGAUUCAUGGAUCCUUCCCUAGGAAAGCAGUACCCCUUGGACCUGGCCUUCUCCCUUGCUCAGCUGGCUCAAACCUGCAUUUCUCAUGAUAUCAAUGCGCGCCCUUCAGUUUCUCAAGUUUUCAUUUCUUUAUCUAAGAUUCUCUCAUCCUCCCUGGAUUGGGAUCCUUCCUUAGAGCUCCCGAGGCUCUAAGCAAUUUGACUGCUACUCAUCGUGAUUGUCGAUCAAACUUCUCCACCGACAGUACACUCUUAUUACUAUUAUUAUUUAUUAGUUGCUUGGCUGCUCGCUUUUGAUACAAAGAAGCUUAAUUAUUGCCUUCUCUUUGUGAUAAUAUCCACUUGUAAUCCUGUGUGUUACAAUCCAAACGAAAUAGUUGUUUGAUAAUAAUGAGAAUAUAGCAGCGGGGAGGGACCGAGUGCCUUCAAACA